AUGGCGCAGAGCAAGGCGACCAAGAAGUUCGAGAAGAACAAGCUGAAAGGUGUGCUGGACCACCGCAACUCGAUCAAGAAAGUCAAGCAGAAACAGCAGCUCAAGGCGAGAAAAAAGGCUAGGAAGGCGGAAGAAAAUGGCAGAGAGCCAGGAGAGGAGGUCAAGCCCAAGACCAGCAGCAAGAAAGCUGCAGAUGAGGCAUUCAAGGACAUGAGCGUGGACGACUUCUUUCAGGGCGGCUUCGAAGUGCCAGAGCUACCCAAGAAGAAGGGAAGCAAGAGAAAGCGGGACGAGGAAGAAGAGACUGAUGCGUCGGACUCGGACGACUCCUUGGUGCAUGAAGCUGUACCUGGUGCCAGUGACGAUGGGUCAGACUCAGAAAGCGACGAAGGAGAUUUCAAGGAACAACUGGAUGCGCUCGCGAAAAAAGACCCAGAAUUCCACAAAUUGCUGCAGAAGGACGAGCCGGAAGUGUUCAACGAUCUUGAUGCCUUGCAGCUGAGCGAAGAGGAAUAUGAUGAACCGAAGCGCAAGAAGAGAAAGGGUGACGAGUCUGAAGAAGAGAUGGGCAACGAGCUGGGUUUGGCGACAGUAAAGAAGUGGAGGAAAGCGCUGGUCGAGCAGCAUUCGCUUCGAGCUGCAAAGGAGACUACAAUCGCUUUCCGCUCUGCAGUGCAAAAUGCAGACGCGGAAGAAAAAGACUUCAAAUAUUCUGUGUCUGAUCCAGACGUCUACCAUGAACUCCUCACCACUGCGCUCAAGGAGAUCCCGAGCAUUUUUCAACACCAUUUACCAACAUCGGAGAAGAAAAACGGCAGAGCACAGGUCGCAACAGAUUCGAAGAAGUUCAAGACUUUGACCCCCAUUCUUCGCUCGCAUGUGGCAGGGAUCACACAUCUUUUGAACAACCUAACGGAUGCUGCCACCUUACGAUUGACGUUGUCGUCUCUCCUACCACUUUUGCCCUACCUGUUGUCGUUCAAAAAGCUUGUCCGAGACGUGGCGAAACCUGUCACCGAAGUCUGGUCGACCUACUCCAACACCGAGAGCACCAGAAUAGCCGCAUUUCUCGUUAUGCGAAGACUGGUCGUCAUCAGCGAUCCUGGCAUUCGAGAAGGAGUGCUCAAGGCUACGUACCAGGCUCUUGUGAAAGGUGCGCGCAACACUUCCGUCCACACUAUGCCUGGUGUGAACCUGAUGAAGAACUCCGCUGCCGAGCUUUGGGGACUCGCGGGAACAGAAGGAGGCGUGGCGUACACGACGGCUUUCAACUUCAUCCGAAGUUUGGCCAUGCAUUUGCGGAGUAGCAUUACCAACAAUGCCAAGGAGAGCUACAAGACCGUCUACAAUUGGCAGUUCGUGCAUAGUCUCGACUUCUGGGGCAGAGUGCUUGCAGCGCACUGCACGGACUCUUCCUCAACACUUCAGCCACUGAUCUAUCCCCUGGUACAAGUCACACUUGGUGCUCUACGAUUGAUUCCAACAGCAACAUACUUCCCUCUGCGAUUCCAGCUGGUUCAUUCUCUGCUUCGAGUCAGCUUGGCCACUGGCACGUAUAUCCCGCUCGCAGCACCUCUCUACGAAGUUCUGGCGAGCGCUGAAAUGCGCAAGCCUCCUAAGCCUAGCACUCUGAAGCCGCUCGAUUUCAACACCACCAUUCGUACUCCAAAGCCGUAUUUGCGCACAAGGACAUAUCAAGAUGGUGUAGCUGAGCAAGUCCAGGAGUUGCUUUCGGAAUUUUUCGUGAUGUGGGCUAAGAACAUCGCCUUCCCAGAGCUCGCACUACCUGUCACAGUCAUGCUUCGAAGAUGGCUGAAAGAGGCUAACGCGCGUAGUAAGGCUAAGGCAGGCAACAAGAAUCAGAAGAUCAAUGGCAUGAUGCAACUACUGGUGCAAAAGCUCGAAGCGAACUCGAGGUGGAUCGAAGAGCGCAGAGCUAAGGUCGACUUUGCUCCGAAUGAUCGGAAGGGUGUCGAGAGUUUCCUGGAUGACGUGACUUGGGAGAAAACGCCAUUGGGUGCGUAUGUUGUGGGUCAGCGCAAAUCAAGAGACGAAAAAGCUCGGAUCGUGGAAGAAGGUAGGAAGGAAGAAGAGCGCAGAAGGCAAAAAGAAAAAGAUGCCAAGGGAGCUGCAGAGGAAGAGUUCGAGGGUGAUGAAGAUGAAGAAGCAUCGGACGAAGACGAAGACGAAGCCGACGAGAUGGUUGAUGGUGAGCUCGAGGACGAUGAUGAAGGAGAAGAGGAAGAAGGGGAGAGCGAUUGA